UUUUAAUUUUUACUUGUGUUUUUAUUUCUUGACUUUUAAUACGUUUUCUCAUCCCAGGAACACUUAGUGCCUUGGCACGGAAGCUUAUUUUUCAGUAUUUCUUCUGAUCAGAUCAAUAACCUCUGCUCACAGUCUCUGUGUAGCGGAAGGAAAAUCAGAGAUGGCGGAUGUGGGUGUCUAAUACAUUAGGAAGCCGCUGCAGACUUCACCAGCUGUGGGUGCUGUGUUAUCCGCGCUGUUAUCUAGGACACGCGGGGCUCCAGUCUCGGGGGGUUCUGGAGAGUCCUUCUGGGUGCGGGUGGGGGGAAGAUGGCGCUGCAGGAGACCUCUCCGCACUGCUCCGCCUGUCUGUCUUCCAGGGAGGCCGGGAGCAGCUCUCUUCUUGCCGGCACCAGGACCUGGCAGGCGGGAAGCAAGAACUGCUGCGUUCCACUGCUUUCGAGUCAUUCACACCUGCAGCCCAUAUAUAGGAUGGAUGUCUCCUCCCUUGACGCCAGAGACUUGGGAACGGGGAGCUGUUCCUUCUCAAAUCCAUUUUUGUUAUUCCAAAUCCCUUUUUACUGUGUGGUGCUGGGGAAAAGCCAGGUUGCUCUACCAGAAGGGCCCCCCCCCUUGGGGGGCGGUAGGGAAGUCACCUUAAUUUCCCCGUGCCUCAGUUUCCCUGCUUCCUUGAAAUGUGGCAAAGAUGACAGCGUCCGCUCGUCUAGUCAGCGUUUGUCAGGGUCAGAGGGGGACAGGGGUGAGUGAGCCAGCGGAUCCUUCUGCAUGGGGCUCCCAGCCUGACAGGGCCAAAGCAAUUAGAGAUCUUCCAGAGAGAAUAUCGACAGGCAAAUUCCACACGCAGGUGACACUGGGGCCGGCAGGAAAUGACCUCAAGGUGAGGUUCAGAUUCACAGCGGGAGAGAUGAGCCGAGAAUCUGGGAGCACCGGGAGCCCAGGCAAGCGGGGCGGGUGAAGCGUACAGGAAGAAUGACUCAGUUAUGACCAUAACCAGGCGGCUUACACCGGAUCACCGGAGGGAAGGAUCUGCUUCCAAAGAAUGGCAGGAGUGGCAGAGAGAGAAAUAAAACAGCCCGUCCUGAGCCUGUCCUGGCAGGAGAGGAGGUCGCCAGUUUGACGGUGUCUAAAUACCAGCGCGUGGUGGCGUGGGGGGGGUGGGGAGGUGACGCCGGGGUUUGGAGAUAAAGUGAGUUUGAAUCCUGACUUUGUCCCUGGUGAUGUUGUCACUUUGGCUUUGGGAAAGUCACUAAAGUGCUCUAGGCUUCAGUUUGUCUGUCUUUCAAAGUGGGUUAAAAAUAUCCGCCCUGCAGAGUGGCUGUGUGUACGCAGCGCCCGUGUAAUACGCGCUCAGCAAAUGUUAGCUGUGCUCAUGGGUUGAGCCGGACGCUGAAUCCAGCUAUGUCUUGAUUUAGUCACUCCCAAGACUUCUGUAGCUUUUUUUUUUUUUUUUAAUAUGAGAAAGAAUUGGCUAAGGAAGAGCUGUGUUUUAAUUGUAUUACUGUUCGACUGCUGGCUGUUUUGAUAUGUUGAACCAAGCGCAUUGAUCUUCGCGGAGGAGCUCCUGCCGCUGACAUCACAGGCACAAACCCACGGGUCUGGAGAGCUGGCAGUAUUUCUAUCACCGGGGGGCCCUUGUCCCUACAGAGGUGAUAUUUGUCUGAAGCACCGUUCUGAUGUUACUCAGUAGGUGUAGCUUGUGUUCUAAAGGUGAGGACUUGGGUUUUUCACUGCCUGCGAGGUCCACCUGCGUCUGAAUGAAGUACAAAAUCGGACAGCUGUACAUGAUCAGCAAGCACAGCCACGAGCAGAGUGACCGGGGAGAAGGGGUGGAGGUCGUCCAGAAUGAGCCCUUCGAGGACCCCCACCACGGCAACGGACAGUUCACCGAGAAGAGGGUGUAUCUCAACAGCAAACUGCCUAGUUGGGCUAGAGCUGUGGUCCCCAAAAUAUUUUACGUGACAGAGAAGGCUUGGAACUAUUACCCCUACACAAUUACAGAAUACACAUGUUCCUUUCUGCCAAAAUUCUCCAUCCAUAUAGAGACCAAGUAUGAGGACAACAAAGGAAGCAACGACAGCAUUUUUGACAGUGAAGCCAAAGACAUAGAGAGAGAAGUCUGCUUUAUUGAUAUCGCCUGUGAUGAAAUUCCAGAACGCUACUACAAAGAAUCCGAGGACCCUAAACACUUCAAGUCAGAGAAGACGGGACGGGGUCAGUUAAGGGAAGGCUGGAGAGAUAGUCAUCAGCCCAUCAUGUGCUCCUACAAGCUGGUGACCGUGAAGUUUGAAGUCUGGGGACUUCAGACCAGAGUGGAACAAUUUGUACACAAAGUGGUCCGAGACAUCCUGCUGAUUGGACACCGACAGGCCUUUGCCUGGGUUGAUGAGUGGUACGACAUGACAAUGGAUGAAGUCCGAGAAUUCGAACGAGCCACUCAGGAAGCCACCAACAAGAAGAUCGGCGCUUUCCCCCCCGCGAUUUCUAUCUCCAGCAUCUCCCUGCUACCCUCCUCCGUGCGCAGCGCGCCGUCCAGCGCGCCGUCCACACCCCUGUCCACAGACGCGCCCGAAUUCCUGUCCGUUCCCAGAGAUCGGCCCCGGAAAAAGUCUGCUCCGGAAACUCUCACGCUUCCAGAUCCUGAGAAAAAAGCCACCCUGAAUUUGCCUGGCAUGCACUCUUCUGAUAAGCCAUGUCGACCCAAGUCAGAGUAACUUCAUAUGAGUAUCUCGCGGAGUUUUCUAUUUUCAUUUGGGGUUUUAUUUUUGUUUUGGCUUUUUUUGUUGGUUUUUGAAGGAAUCUUCGAGUAUAGGAAAAGACUCCCUUGUCACCCAGACAUGCUCCUUUGAUCUCCGAGUGUGCGUGUGGUUAAGUAAUUUCACAAAUAAAAGAGUCUGUAGGUAUGCCACACAGCAGCGCAGUACACGUAAGAUGUAAGACUUGCAGAAGAGCAGAAGGAAUCUUCUAUAGCCACCACUGCGAGCAGGGAGCAAGCCCUGUCCUCGGGCAUUUGUUGAGGUUGGCAUGGACUUCAAGGGUAGAUCUAGGAAAGUUUGUACCACUUUGCAUCACUUUGCACCCGGUAAAAUGGUGAAGGCACCUUCCUCCCAUCAAACCUGAAAUUCUCAAAAAACACUCUCAGGCGUCACAUACCUAAUUGUUCGAUUUUGAACUGCUGACCACCAAUACUUGAAUACCAGUGGUUACUGAGAUUCCUAUUUUGGUUAGUCUGACUCAGGAUUUGGGGCCUACUUAACUCUUUAAAUUUUUGAAAAUUUUAAUUAUCAAUCUAUACAGGCUCCAAGUGCAAUUAAUAAUAACAUUUAUACCUUUCACAGAAUUUAAUAAAGAUUCCACUUGUA